GGGGAGAGAGGGCUGGCAUUGAGUGGCGGACAGAAGGCUAGGCUGAGUCUGGCCCGGGCUCUGUACCACUCGGCAGACAUCUACCUCUUGGACGACCCCUUGAGUGCUGUCGACACACGUGUGGCCAAACAUAUCUACCAAAAAUGUUGUGUUGAGUACCUGAAAGACAAGGCGAUUAUUUUAGUGACGCAUAACAUCCAGUUUCUCAAAGACGCGCAUCAAAUACUUGUGCUCAACGACGGCGAGUACCAUGUGCUCAACGACGGCGAGUGUGUGGCCAUCGGGUCCUACACUCAGCUCAAAGAGCGCGGCAUUGAUCUCAUGGCAUAUCAAACACAAACCGAUGGAUCAAUUGAUAUGAAAAGAAGGACAUCUUUCACUCCAUCGAUUGUUUCAACCAUUAGUGAGGGAUCGGAAGUGACGGACGUUAGGGAAGCGGAAGAAGUGGACAACCAGGAAGUGAAGGCCGAACUCAAAAUGAUUGGAUCCGUUGAGUCCAGUAUAUAUUUAGCGUACAUUAAGGCCGGCGCCGGACCUCUGCUCGUAAUUCUUACCAUUUUGUUUUUGAUCGCUUCCCAAGUGCUAUAUCAGGGAAGUGUUUAUUGGUUAAGCAUA